GAGGUUAGGUUUUGGUAUAGUGCACGUAACAUAUGCUAUACCAAAAUCUAACCCCGAGCGCUUCUUCGGAAGCACUCCUUGUAUUUUUAAUUUUUAUAUCAUGGUUAUUACUGUUAUUAGUAGAUUUCAAUUUGCCAGUAAUAACGGGUAGAUAGAUAUUUAUCUCAUCAUGUUCUUUUUUGGUAUCCGUUAUAGCAUUAUCACACACAAAUAUUAUAACAGCAGAGCCAAAUCUCUUAAUUAUGUUAUUUCAACGGUUUUUCUUCAACGGCUCCUAAAUUAAAAACUUUUUCACAAGGUCAUGUAUCUAUCGGUUGUCAUUGUGCAAGAUUAACGACGGAUCGAUUGUGGAUACGUGGUAUCUCUGUAGACUGUGAUAUUUUUAAUAAUACAGCUAGGAUACUUUAUCGCGAGCAGUUAUGCGCGAGCAAGCUAUAAACGAAUAUUAUAUUAAUCUAGAAUAUAACAGGAACAGCAAGGAGGAAGCAUUGACAGAAAUAUCCACUUUAUCUAAGAACAUACAAUUUAAGAAUGUUAAUGAUUUUCCAACGAGAUGAAGACAUAGAUGAAGAAUACAACAAAGAAGAAUUAAUCUUAUCGGUAGUGCUUACAAUCUCCAAUAUCAGUAGGGAACACAAAGUGCAAUUAUUUCUGGAAAAUGUUAUCCUCAAAAAUUCAACGCUAUAUAAAACUCAAUAUAAUGGUUUGAAAAAUGAGCUUUCAAAUCAAACCAACGAAAUGAUACUUCUAGAGGAUUCAGACGUGUAUGCAGUUAUCAGCUAUUUAAGAAUAGUAGGACAUUCUCAUAUAAAUAAAAUUUGGGUCCAAACACCCAUUAAGCAGAAAUUUUUGUCGCUUAUAAAGAAAUAUUUUCGUCCUAAAAACUUACCUAUUUGUACAUGGACAUCGAUAGAAGCGUUUAGCUCCCGUACGUCAUGUAAUAUGAAUAUAAUAUCUAUAUGGUCAGAAGAUGUUGGACGUGCAAAAUAUUUAGCAACAAUUUUAGAUAGAGACGUUAUAUUCAUAAAUAUGCAUAUGGAUCUCUAUGGUGGUGUCAUGCUUUUACCUUGGUUAAAAAUUGUCGACAAAUUACAUAAAAGAUUUAAAACUAGUUUCAAUGAUUCGAUACAGCCGAGUAAAAAUGAAAUAAACCUCUCAAAUAUUCCUUCAAAUACGACGUUUACGUCAAUUCAUAAUUUGUUUUACGAUGGCAAAUGGCAGAAACCUGUGAAAGGCACAUAUUGGAAACAUAAUAAAAUUUUAUGGGCAAGUACAACGAGCGACGAUGCUAGGAUGUGUUUUAAUUCAGCUAUAGAAGGAUUGAAGACUUGGAAAACUUAUUCUGUUGAUACUAGAAUAUCUAUAAUGGUUCAAUUGCUAACAACGCUAAAAUAUUAUAGUAAAUCCCUGAGAGGCGCGGAGAACUUGAUGAGAUCCCCGCAGUUCAAUGACAUAUCGUUACUUUAUUCUCAAAAUGAUAGAUUAGAAGUAAUCCAAAAUCGUAUUCCAAGAGGCGUUAUUAUUCUUAAGGAGAGAACUGAAGAAAUUUUGUUUGUUCGAUUGAUGAAAAUUUUAAUUUCUGGCAAUUCUGUUAUUGUGCUAACUGAUGCAAAUUCCAGUAGUUUAGCACCCUACUGCGAUAUCUUUUCGUUAGCCAAGGUACCUCGAGGCGUUGUAAAUGUACUGUCAAAUGAAAACACAAGCGAUUUAGAAAUGAGCUUAUGUGCGACAGAUUACGCAAAUUAUGAGAAACAAUUGUACACAUCGAGCUUGAAGAAAACAUAUAUAAAUCUUACUCUACCAAAGCAAAUUAUACUCUCUCUCAAAUAUAAUAAUUUUACUGACGAUAUAGAGCAUGGGCGUUUAAUUUGUGACCAAGACAGAGAUACAUAAGAGAGUAUAAGCAUUUUGAUAUAUAUAUAUUUUUUAAAAUAUUACACAAUUUUAGGAAAACAAUUUCUUCCCGUCGUAAUCAUUAAUUAAUUCUCUCGAAAAGCUACAAGUUACAUUUUAAUUGCGACAUAACAUCCACUGUAAAUCAAGGUAUUGAAAGUUUAUAUAAGAUUUAAAAUGUAGAAUGUUCUGUAUUUUUAUCUAUAUCUAUAUGUACAAGCAUUUGUAAAAUUUAAUUGCAAUGUUAUUAUGAAUAUAUUUGACGCUUUAACAAGUUACUCAGAUUUCUUAAGUACAAUAACACACUUAAUAUUUUUGCACGUAUUAUUAUAUUAGCAAUUAAAAAAGAAAUAAAAAGAAAAGAAAAGAUAAAAAAAGAGAUAAUUUUUUCUUCAAGUCCUUUCACGAGCUGUAUCGUAUAUAUAUAUCUUAUUGACAACUACACCUUAUUAUAGAUACAUUUCGGCCAUUUUCUGCCAAUGCAAGAAAUUUAAUAACACGCGAUA